UGUAAAUAUGGCUUUUAAAUAAUUUCUACAACUUCUUCAAAAAUAGUCUUUUCAUAUCUCUUAAAACUCAGCUCAGAGACUCACAGAGAGAUUGCUGACUCGUACAUCCUCCUCGUGUGGUAAUUGUGAUGCCCUUGCUGGGCGAGUUGAGAUUAGGCGGGAGUAAUACGAGAUUGAAUGGACUUGCUCUACUCCAUGCUAAUCCGGGGCGGCUCUGUAUCUUGAACCUCACGAUCUCUUGAAAGCAUGAGCAUGGACGAGUUUGCGUGUUUUCUAUUCAACCAAGAAAAGAAAUUCAUCAAGAAAAUGGCAUGUCCCCUCCUAAACCUCUCCGCAGAGCUACAAUUCCUAAUAUUCCGGCACCUCCAAUCGUACAAAACCCCCGAGGAGCUAGAUGUUCAGACUCGCAAUCAAUCUCUCGGGAAACAAGGCAUAUUCGAGCGAGAUCUCCGCAACCUCAGCUUGACAUGCAAUUUCUACUAUACGGCUCUUCUCCCGUAUACAUUCGAGAAACUCGUUCUUCAGAACAAUGAGACAUCAGCAUCCUCAAUCCUGCGCUGCAUGACCAACGCCGCGAGGAAUUACAUCUUGUUUACCAAAGAGCUCUGGUUCACUGAUACGAGGGCCAUGAAACUGGCAAUGGAGGACGAAUAUUUCGCAAAUGGUCACCGGAAGAACAACUCCAACAAGGAUGAUGAGAAUGAGAUCAAUAUACCGGAGUUAUGCCGACUUCCAACAUCCGCAGCGGAGAUCCUGUCGAGCCUCUCCCGCUUUCCGAAUCUGAAUCACCUCCUCAUCCACUGGCGCUUCCACGACAGUGACUGGUACAUUGAACAGUACGCCAUAGGCGGUGAGACGGAGGAUGACAACGGUGCCGCCGAGUGGGAGGAGCAGUCUCCCUGGAGAGCACUGAUGCGCGACGUCUAUAACGCUGUUAGCAAGAAUGUUGUUGAUAUCACUGCUUCUUCCCCCCCGCAAGCAGGCCUACUACAAUCCCCUCCUAUGCCACCAAUACUCAAAUCCCUAGAAAUCAAAAACAGCCCCAUGCACCCCGUCUCCAGUUAUCUCUCCCCCACCUUCCACCACUUCCUUAGCACCCUCCACUCCUUCAAACUCAGUCUAAUGACCGCCGACAACAUCGGCCACUAUGCCAUCAACACCUGCUUCCAGUAUCAAGAUUUCACCUCCAAACUGGACACGUACUUCCUCAACCAUCUAUCGAGCGCCACAUCCCUGCACAUUGCAGCCCGGGACGGGCCGCUUGGCAGCGAAAACAGCGGUCCUGCUUAUUGUCCCCUUUCUCUGCCUCCAACGCAGCGACUUCCGGCACUGAAGAGGCUGGUGCUGGAUACUUGCUUUAUUACUGCUCCCAGCACAAUUGAUUUCUUUGCCAGGCAUGCGCGGUCCUUGGAACACGUGAAGUUUUUUAGAUGUUUCUCUGAUGAUGUUGGGAAUACGUGGUGCAAGUUGUUUGAAGCGCUGGCGAGGGCGGGGCCAGAGCGGCUUGUGGAGUUUUGCGUGGAACCUGCCAAGGUGAAGUUUAAAGAGGCGAGUUGGCGGAGAAAUGAGGGGACUGAGAGGGAGGCGGGCCGUUGUGAGGCAUUACUACUGGGUGGGGAUGAAGAUGAGGAGGAGAGGGGGGGGAGGUGUGUUGUGGGUGAACGUAGAGGCGCAGCGGGGAGACGAGGAAGAAGGGCUUUUUGCUAUGGUUAUAUUGAUGACAAGUAUGGAUUUGUGGCGGAAAUUCCGCCUAUCAAUAGGGAGAUGUUGUUAAGGGGAGAGGAUCAGAGGGCGUAUGAUGCGUUGAUGGAGAUUGCGGAGCGAAAUAGGAGGCGGCUGAUGGCGGCGGAGAGCAGGAUUUAAUCACCGUCCACAUAUACAUACAUACAUACAUAUAUACCUUCUAUAUAAUUUCGGAAAGCCGUUGUAGUUGCGGGUGCUCAUUGGAUAUUUUGAAUACAGCUACUUCUCGGUAGCUCUUCAAUAACAAUAUGUUCCUUUACUGUUUGGUGUGCUUGGGAUUCUUCAUGUUAUUCUUCAUACUAACACGCUUGUUGAUUCAAAAUAUCACAAACAUACUGGACUAUUGGCUGCUUGCUCUGUCCUUUCCAAUUGCCGUGGCUGCCCUGAAGUCAUACCAAUCCGCAGCUCCGGCGCCAUACAUCUCAACCAAGGGCGAGUUGGCAAAAGGAUCCGUUGUCGAAUCCUCAUGCCAAUUAUACUCUAAGAUGAUAUUCCCAUCCACAACCCACCG